CCUUCCCUUUUUUCACUGUCCAGAGAGAGGACCGAACACAUGUCCACUAGUUAGGGUUUUUCUAGGGUUUCCUUCUACCAUUUCAGUUCUUUCCCUUAUCCUCAGGCGAGCAUUCCAUCAUGGCCAAACCCGGUCGAGGUCGGCCGGCCCCGCCUUCCGGAUCAGGCUCCGGUUCGUCAUCUCACUCACGGUCGUCUUCCGGCUCUGACUCCCGGUCCCGGUCCCGGUCCAGGUCUCGCUCGCGCUCCCGGUCUAAAUCGUUCACGUCGUCAUCCUCGCCUUCUGGAAGCGCCAGCUCUCGCAGCCGAAGCCCUCCGCCUACCAGAAGAAGCCCUGCAGGAGCAGCCAGGCGAGGUCGCUCUCCCCCACCACAAACUAAACGAGCUUCACCACCCCCUAGGAAAGCAUCUCCUGUUCCUGAAUCUGUGGUUCUCCACAUUGACCAGCUCACUAGAAAUGUGAAUGAAGGCCAUUUGAAAGAAAUAUUCGGUAAUUUUGGUGAAGUUGUUAAUGUGGAGUUGACAAUGGAUCGCACUGUUAAUCUUCCUCGGGGAUACGGAUAUGUCGAGUUUAAGACAAGGGCAGAUGCAGAGAAGGCCCUUCUUUACAUGGAUGGUGCACAAAUUGAUGGCAAUGUUGUCCGGGCAAGGUUCACUUUGCCACAACGCCAGAAAGUUUCACCGCCUCCAAAAGCACUUCCUGCUCCUCCAAAAAGAGAAGCUCCGCAAAGGGACAAUGUUGGUGCUGAUGCUGAAAAAGAUGGACCACAGAGGCAGAGAGAAUCUUCUCCACGACGAAAACCAAUUUCACCACCACGGAGGAGAUCCCCUGUUGCUCCUCGAAGAGGGGAGUCUCCUCGACGCCGGCCAGAUUCACCGCCAAGGCGACGUGCAGACUCUCCUGUUCGUCGCCGAGUAGGGUCUCCAAGUCGUCGGGGCGAGACACCACCACGGAGGAGACCGGCAUCUCCAGUAAGAAGGCGCUCUCCAUCUCCUGCGCACAGAAGGCAUAGAUCACCUGCACGAGCUUCACCGCGAAGAAUACGUGGCAGUCCUGUCCGCAAGCGCUCCCCACUUCCACCGAGGCGGCGUUCUCCCAUUAGACGAGCUCGCAGCCCACCAAGGAGGUCACCUCCUGUCCGCCGGCGCAGCCGCUCACCUGUUCGCAGGCCUGCUCGUUCGCGUUCUAGAUCAGUCUCUCCUCGCAGGGUUCGAGCACCACUUCCAAAGCGUGGAAGGUCCAACUCAUCCUAUUCUGGAUCACCUAGUCCACGGAAGGGAGUACGAAAGAUUUCUAGAAGCCGUAGCCCAAGAAGUCAUGUGCUUUUUGUGGGGGAUCACCCAUAAACCAUGUGGCCCAUCAUAUGGGUCAUUUUAUCAUCCAAAGGCCCGCAAGAGGAAGAAGCACCAGCAACAGCCGCAGCAGCAGCUCCCCUUCUCCAAGAGCCAAUUAGCACUCUGGGUCUUAGCAGGUAGGUAUGCUUCUCUCUCUCUCUCUCUCUCUCUCUCUCUCUCUCUCUCUACUGGUUUCAUCAUGUCUGUUGGGUGCAAUCUGGGAAGCGAAAGGCUGGAACAUGCAGAAAGUAACUUCAGAAGCUGGAAGUUGGUGCUGAUAUCAAAGACACUGUAGGUUGGUGGGUUUUGGUGUCCAGAGAGUUGUGCUGGGUGUUCAGUACUCAGGUAUGGGCUGGUUGGUUUGGGCAUUUUACUUUAGAACAUGUAUGGUGCUAUUGACAUAGGUGGGUUAUGGAUAAAUUCCUACUUGGAUUUUUUUUUAGUACCCCCGAAAGCAUUGAGGCAGUUGAAUUUGGUCAUGAUAUAAACAUGCACUAGAAACAUAUGGUUAUAAAUGCAUGGAUUGCUGAUA